UUUAAUUGGCGUCAUCUACCGGUCAAUAAUUCCAUUACAUGAUGUUUUUUGUUAUUUAUACAGUGUUAUAUUUAUUUAUACCACUCACUGUUUUCUCUUUCUCUCUCUCCAUUCAUUCAUUCAUUAAAUUCAGUCUCACACAAUCCAGUGCAGUGCAAAUGUUCCAGGAUCAGUGUCAGUGUCCAAAAAAUAAACAGCAAUUUUCUCCAAUUUCGUAAUUCAUCACCACCAUCGGCUAUUGCCGCAUCUUCAUUAUCAUCAUCAUCAUCAUCAUUAACGACAUCGCCGUCAUAUCAAAUACUGCAACAAGUAUCAACCAAUGUUGGUCAUAAUCAACAACCACAAAUUCUAAUUGCAACGAGUGAAGAUAAAUUCAAUUCACAAGUGUCAUCAUCUUCACAUCAUUUACCAAUUCGUGCUAUAAUGAUGAUGGCUCCAGUAACGGCAACCACAGCUGUAACGGGCGAUUCUUUAACAUUAUCACAACAACAUCAGCCAGAUCAACAACAAUUUAAUUUGUCAAUUGUGCAACCACCGCAACAAUCAAUUGAUGAUGAUGUAGAUCAAUUCAUUGAUCAUGAUGCCGAAUUAUCUACACUUGAAGGUGCAGCAUUUCAAUCACGAUUAUGGGCAGAUAAAAUGUCGGCUGAAGAAAUGAAAGCAUUUCAUGAUGUUGUCGAGAAUACCAGUUUAAUUCCACUUUUUCUUCAUAUUCGUAAUAGUAUUUUAAAAUUUUGGCUUAUUAAUCCAAAGCAACAAUUAUUACUGGAAAUUGUUUAUCAACGUCUUGAACAACCAUUUAAUACUGAUCCGGUUUUUAUAUCACGAAUUUUUCAUUUUCUCGAACGUUAUGGUUAUAUUAAUUUCGGUGUAUUUCAAAUAUCCAAACCGAUGGUGUUGGCUAAACCGAAAAAAAUCGGUAUAAUUGGUGCAGGUAUAGCCGGAUUAAUUGCUGCACGUCAAUUGAAAUAUUUCGGUUUUGAUGUGAUCGUAUUCGAAGCUCGUAAUCGUCUUGGUGGUCGUAUAUGGACAUAUGAUCAAAAAGCAGAUGUCGGCGCGUUUGUCAUAACCGGUUUAUUGGGCAAUCCGAUCCGAGUGUUGGCCAAACAAAUCAAUCUAGAAAUGCGUCCAAUCAACCAGAAAUGUCCAUUAUAUCUUAAAAAUUCUAUUGUGGAUAAAUCAAAAGAUGAGGUUCUUGAGAAUGUAUUUAAUACGAUUCUGGAAAGUACAUCCGAUAUGGUUAAAGAGAAAAAUUUAACUACCGGUGCUGAUGGUUUAGAUCGUCCAUUAUCGUUAGGUGAUGGUUUAGCCAUCAUAAUUGAACUACAUGAACGUCAAGUUCGUCAAGAACAUCUAAAACAUUUGAAUGAUAUCUACUUUUGUCAGGAUAUUCUAUCGAAAAGUUUAGAUACAUUGAAAGAAUUAGAAAUGACUAUAGAAGAAUUAUAUGAUAAACAUCGUGAAGCUUUACAAAGUAAAAUUGCCCGUAAUCCUAAACAGGAAUAUGCAUUUCGUGUAAACCGUUAUGAUUUAAAUCGUGCCAUCGAAUUGUAUAAAGCAACGAAACAAAAAUGUGACCAUCUUGAGAAACGUUUGAAAGAUCUGGAAUCAAAAACGAAAACUACACCAAUCGAAUAUCUAUCGGCUGUUGACCGUCGGAUUCUUGAUUGGCAUUUUGCAAAUCUUGAAUUUGCUACUGGUACCUCAUUGAAUAAUCUAUCAUUACAACAUUGGGAUAUGGAUGAUGAUUAUGCCUUUGCUGGACCACAAAUGUAUGCUAAAGAUGGUCAAAAUCAAGUAGCUUUAUCACUGGCUAAUGAUGGUGCCGAUUUUGAGAUCAAAUUAAAUCAAAUGGUUCAAUCGAUCACGUUAACGCCGACUGGUGCUGAAAUUCAAGUGGUAAAUGUUGAAAAAUUGGAUAAGAAUCAGAAUAAAAAAUCACUACUAUCUACCAGCAGCUAUACAGUCGAUGCUGUCCUUUGUACAUUACCAUUGGGUGUAUUAAAAAAUGCAGUCAAUACGACACAAAGAACUGAAACAAAUUCAUUGAAUUGGGUUCAAUUCAAACCACCAUUACCUGAUUAUAAAUGUCAAGCUAUCAAUCGUUUAGGUUUUGGUAACCUUAACAAAGUUGUCCUUGUUUUCGAAAAGAUUUUCUGGGAUCUGAAUACACAUUUAUUUGGAAAUGUUUCGACAACGACAAAAAAUCGUGGUGAACUAUUCCUAUUCACAUCUGUACAACGACAACAGCCAGUAUUGGUUGCAUUCAUUGCUGGCGAAGCAGCCGAUGAUCUAGAACAAAUGAAUGAUGAACAAAUUAAAUCGAAAUGUCUAUCCAUUCUAAUAGAAAUGUUUGGCCAAUUACCUAUAUUGAAAAGUUAUUUUGUAACACGUUGGAAAUCGGAUCCAUGGUCACAAGGAUCAUAUUCAUAUGUAGCUCGUGGUGCUACCGGUGAUGAUUUUGAUUAUCUUGCCGAACCGGUACUACAUCCAAGUAAUAAUGCAGCCGAUCCAUUAAUACCACGGCUAUUUUUUGCUGGGGAACAUACUAUACGUAAUUAUCCGUCCACUGUACACGGAGCAUUAUUAUCUGGAUUACGUGAAGCGGCCAAAAUUGCCAAUCAUUUUCUAGGAAUAACAUACUUGAAAAAAUGAAAUCAUUUAUCAUCAUCGAUAAUAAUUGAUCACUUAAUUUGAGAACAACAACAUUGUUCUAAUUCCUGGUAGCAUUAUAAUUAUCAUCAUAACGUUUGUCCGGGUGUUCAUCAAAAAUCACCUUGAAUCCAUCGAUUUAUAAUAUCAGUAUAUGAUUGUGACUUUUUUGUUUUUCAACUAUAUAUCUUUUCUGUCAUUUUAUGUCUUAACCACUUUGAUUUUAUUCUAAUUAAUUAAUCAACAAUUAAAAUUUAAUGAUAAAAAUCAA